UUUUUUUUUAUUUAUUUUGAUUUUUUUUUUUUUGGUUCCCCUUUCCUUUCCUUUUUAUUUAAUUUGAAUAUUAAUUAAUCAUCAUCAUCCAUGGGCUGUUGUUUUUCAACCGAACCAUCCAUUAGUUCUGAACAUCUACAUAGUGACGAAAUCGAUCAAGAAUUGAGGGCGGAGAAAUUAAACUCUCAAUAUGUAGCCAAAUUACUUCUCUUGGGUGCCGGUGAAUCAGGGAAAUCUACCUUUUUAAAACAAAUUCGACUUAUUCAUGAUGGUGGAUUCACAGCUGAAGAACGACAAGCUUAUCGUGAUAUUGUAGUCAAGAAUUUAUUACAAUCCAUGUUGACAUUAUUAGAAGCUGUUGAUUUAUUAGACUUGGAAAUGGAGAAUACUUUGAUAUCAAAUACAGACGUUUUGGAUCGUACUACCAUGAUAUUGAAACUCCAACAACACGCUAAUGGUAUAGGCAAAGGCAAUAUUUUAUUACUUCCUAUGGAUUUAGUUGAAGUUAUUGACAGAUUAUGGCAUCAUCCUACUAUUCAACACGUGUAUGAAAGAAGAAAUGAAUAUCAACUGAAUGAUUCUGCUGCUUAUUACUUUGAUGCUGUUCACAGAAUUGGUGACCCAAGAUUUAUUCCCACUGAUCAAGAUAUUUUACGAUCUAGAGUGAAAACAACAGGAAUAACGGAAACAAGGUUUACUGAUACAAGAUACGAAUAUCGUGUUUUUGAUGUUGGAGGACAACGUUCAGAACGUAAAAAAUGGAUUCAUUGUUUUGAAGAUGUCACUGCUCUUCUCUUUAUGGUGGCACUAUCAGAAUAUGAUCAAGUUUUAUUUGAAGAUCCAACUGUGAAUCGAUUAAUGGAAUCAAUACAGCUUUAUGCCUCUAUUUGCAAUACGCCUUGGUUUAAAAAAACAUCCUUUAUUUUACUCUUCAACAAAACCGAUUUAUUCAAACAAAAAUGGUCAUCUGCAAGUUUUAAACAUUAUUUUACUGAUUAUAAAGGUUCUGAUCAUUAUAAAAGUGGGUACAAAUAUAUUCAAAAUAGAUUCUUGGCUUUAAAACCUUCAACAACGGAUACCCAAAUUUACUCUCAUUUUACUUGCGCUACGGAUACUGAUCAAAUUCGAUUUGUGUUGAUUGCUGUCACUGAUGUCAUAUUACAACAAAACUUACGAUGUGGUGGUUUGAUGGAUUAAAACUUUCUUUUUUGGUGACCAUUUACAACUUUUCUCUAUUAGGUCAUAUACAUAUACAUAUAUUUAUUCCUUCUUCUUACUCAUCAUCACAACAACAACAACAACAUUAUUUCAUCCUUUUUUUUUUAUCCUACUCAUUUUCCUUCUUGUACAGCACUUCAUUCAUAUAC